GCGACUCCUCCUCUGGCCAUGCUCGCGGCCCCGCCCGCCGUUGACGCGCUCGGCCCCCUCCUCCUUCUCCCGGGAGACGCGGCAGAGACGCCGAGGGCGGGCAGGCGCCGUGGCCGGGCUGUGCGUUCUUGCCAGGGAAGUCGUAAGGACCAGCAACAAGAAAGAAAGAAAGAAAGAUGCGUAACUUUUUAUGGGCACAAUGGCGGCUGAAAUCAUCUGUUGUGCUCUGUGGCCAGGAGGGUAGCAUGCAGCUCCAGGCAGCUCCUGUCCUCUGAGUAAGAUGUUUAACCAAGCUCGAGCAGCUGGAGGUGGUGUCCAUCGGAUCGUACAAAAGUAGGUGGCAAGAAUGGGAAGGGCCUCAUUUUCCGUUCCUGGAGAGGUUUCCAUUUCACAUUCUCCCAUCUCUGCAGGACCAGGAGGUCGAGUGGGAGGAAUGCUCAGAUGAGAAGCAGCAUAGGGCUGAAAGGAGGCAGGCCAAACUGGGAGUGAGGGGCUGAAAAGCAGGAGCCGAAGGGAAAGAGAGAACAACCAACAGAGGCCUGAGAGAGAGCGGCUACAGGGAGCUGAGGAGCACAAGAGGAAGGUUCAUCCCGGAACAACAAGCUGCCUUAUCUUCAGACGCAAAACCUCUUUCAAUGGACCUGUGGGAUUCUCAUAUCCAAACACAGCACACUGGGAAAUUGGCAGGAUAAAAUGAGACUAUUAAAAGCCCUGGGGCUAGCAGGUUGGGAUUCUUUGUAGUCCUGCAUCUUGGUACUUAUGGAAGAUGAGCCAACUGCUAGGAAGCUCCUUGUCACAGACACCAGCAGACCAUUUGGGCUGAAAGUGCCCAAGCGUUUUUACACACGACCCACCCACCCCUCCUAUGUCUGAAAGGGUUUCUCUUCCAGCUCAGAACCCAAACAUUCUGGUUUAAUUCCUGAGACGCUGCUAGAAAUGAUGGAGGUCAGGCAUCCCUGGUGUUUGCAGGGUGAGCAACAGUUGUAGGGAUGAGUGGCCGGCCACCUCUUGCUGAAAAAGCUUUAUCAGAGGGCUACGCUCGGCUCCGUUAUAGGGAUGCCUCUUUGCUAAUCUGGCAACAGCAACAGCAGAAACUAGAAUCUCUUCCACCUGGAACAUAUUUAAGCCGGAGCUGCAGCAUGUGGUAUUCACAGUACGGCAACCAAGCAAUUCUAGUGCGAGAUAAAAAUGAAGUGGCUCUCUCAAGAAAUACGGGACAGUCCAAGUUUUGUACUAUUAUGUAAGCUGAGAAAGCCAAACCCUUUUUAGGCCUCCUCACUAUUGUUUUCAGGUAGUGGUUCUGUUCACCUGCUGGUCUUUCGGACAGUGUUUCCUCCGUUGCUUAGGAAGGGCAACAAUUUCCACAGAACAGGCUCAUGGACUUCCAGCUCCUAUUUUCAUCCUUCUUGGGUGGCAGAGCACACACAAUGGAAAUUCACAUGAUAAAGAAAGGUUUGGGAUGCAGAUGCAGUAGAAUCAACUGGCAAAGCUUUUCCCUGGAUUGUGCUGUUACAGACUGCAGUUGUGGAGGGUUGCAUACCUGAAUGCUUCCCUGCUCAUAGAAAAGUGAGGUAUUUGGAGAAAAAGCUAGGCUGAACUUCUUAUACAUAGUCUAUUUGUGCAUGUAAUGACUUGGUUUUAUGGGGCACAUUCCUGUCUGAAGUGACAAGGCCAUAGAAAAAUCUUUAUUAGAUGCUUCUAACAGAUACAUAAAUUGUCCAUUUAGAUAUUGGGUCAACCAAACUGAAAAGGCAAAGCUGCUUUUUUUGCAAUUCUUCAAUCUCCUGGCAAAGAGCUUUGUUGGGUCUGUAACAAAAGCAGCAUGACAAAAACUGACGGGUGGCUGCAACUGAAUUUUACAGGCAGAUGGGCAGUGAUUUGUGCAAAGCAAAGCCUCCAUCCCCAAUCUGAAUCCGCAAAAUCCAAAGGCAGGUAGGAGCGCACCAACGGCACAGGUUCUGCCCAUGUGAACCCAGUACACUCCAUUGAGUGGCAUAGCAGCAGAGUAGCUCAACGGGAACAGAGACAUUUCUGGAGCCCCCAGUUCUCCAUUGCUUAAGCCCCUUGGCAGCAAAUUGGCUCUAAAUGCUGAAUUCUAACAAUCACUCAAUGGGAAAUGUUGAGCUUAGCCUACUGCGUGAGUGAACUGCACUGAGCCUCAUGUUGUGUGUCAUGUGUGAGAUUUUUUAAAAAAAAUAUUUAGAUGGCUAUUUAUUCAUUAGCCUAAGGCAGAUUAAAAGUUAAAUUAGUUUGGCCCCAAAAGUACUGAAUCUGUUCUGGACCUGAACUGGAAGUGGGCACAGCGGGUUCCAUUCACGCCAGUCUUUGGAACGUCUUUCCUUCAAACAGACUGUCUCCAUGUCACAGUGCAAACUGCUGUGGGGAGGUCCAUGAUCCAAACUGGAUUGCUAUGUACCUGAAGGUUGUUCUCAGAACAGCAGCCUGAGCCCCUUGCUCUGCAGAAGAAACCUGUUUCAGAAAACAGGUAGUUUUGGGCGGAGGUGAGGCUUGGUUUAAAACUCCCUAGCCUGAUGCUCAUUCGUGUGCCAUCUUCAUUCCUCGCCCUCAUGGCAGCCUAAUAGUAGACAAAGGCCAUUUCUGAAAAGCUCCCCCAGCUAGGCAUCCAGUCAAGUCUCAAGCCCAAGGCAGGGAAGAGGCCCCAAGGGCCCAGUCAGUGUUUCUCUGCUAAGGUAAUGCAAACCUGUCCCCAUCAUUGAAGUGCAUGGUGGUCAGCCAUUGUCGGUAUGGGCUCUCCAGGUCCCCUACUGCAGGAAGGGGCAUGGGCACUAAGACUUUAUUCUUGGGGAGCCUGGGAGCAGGCCAGCGGGCAUGUCUUGCUUAACAUACACAAAAGGAAUGGUGGGUCUGGACUGGGGUGGGUGGGUGGAGAAACCUUGUUUACACCAGAGGAGUUGCUUUGCCUCUUUUAAAGUGUACACCUCUCACUGUGGUUGUCUGUUGCAGUAUUAACAAUGCUACCUUGAUUUGAAUAAAAUGUUA